CUUUUUUUUUUGGUGGCGAAGAGCCGAUGCAUCAUGGACCUCGGCUCCAGGCUUUGCCAUACAAACUUCCUCUUUCCCUCCACCAGCCUCCGCCCUCGACGCUCACCCGAACCCUCUUACACGCCAUCUCCUCUUUUAAUCCUUCCUACGUAAAUUACUACUCUACUGGUCCAUGAGAACUGUGCAUUAUAUUCUUCGGACCUGCGCCAGAUGGGGCCACUCUGGUGAGGUCGAGAUUCCUCCUCUUGGUAAUCAGGAACCGCGUCAUAGCAUCCCGCUUUUUGCAUCAAGAGAAAUACAUAAGAUCAGUCUGCUGUGCUAAGUAGCCGUUUUUUUCUUCUACUUCACAUUUCACUGUUCUGUACAAUCAUAUCCAUUCACCUCUUUACCCAAGAAAACUAAAGAAACUUGCCGUCUCUCGCCAAAAUGGUCCAGAACAAGGGCAUCAUUAUCAAAAAGGCCCCAACGGGGCUAUCCUGUCCCAUGGCAGGAUUUGACUCUUGAGACACGCGAGUUUGAUAUCGACCAAGCGCCGCCAGCGGGCGGUAUCACCACGAAAAAUAUCUAUGCCUCCUACGAUCCAUACCUGAGAGGCAAAAUGCGCCAGCCGAGUACGAAGUCAUACAGCCCCGCCUUCGAAUUCAAUAAGCCAAUGUAUAGCGGCGGGAUUGUGAAAGUGAUCAAGUCAGACUGCGAGAAGUUCCAAUCAGGCGAGCUGCUCGCAGGAUUGUUCAACAUUGAGGAAUAUUCUGCCGUCUCAAAAGAGGCCUGCGAAACUUUGGUCAGAAAAAUCGAAAACCCGUACAUCCUAGACCCAAUACACCAUAUCGGGGCUCUGGGCAUGCCUGGUCUGACGGCGUACUCUUCCCUCUAUGAUAUCGGUAAGCCAGUCAAGGGUGAGACGAUCUUUAUCUCAGCAGCUUCUAGGGCCGUUGGCCAAAUUGUUGGACAAUUGGCAAAGCAUGAGGGUCUCACCGUUAUUGGAUCAGUCGGCUCGGAUGAAAAGCUUGAUUUUAUCCUCAAGGAAUUGAACUUCGAUGGUGGAUUCAAUUACAAGACUGAAAAGCCAGCAGAUGCCUUAAAACGUCUGGCGCCUCAGGGACUUGACAUCUAUUACGAAAACGUCGGCGGUGAGCAGCUUGAGGCCUCACUAGCUGCCAUGAACGAAUUCGGUAGAAUCGUUUGCUGUGGAAUGGUAUCUGGAUAUAACACGCCAGACCCAGAGAAAUACGGUGUUAAGACUUUGGCCCAUGUUGUCAUGAAGAGAUUAACCAUGAGGGGAUUUCUUAUCGGGGACAAGAACAUGGUAUGCUCCAUUUCCACGACUCUUGCCUACUUCGCAUUCCCCAAAAUUCCAGAAUAGGCUAACACUGUUUCUUCAGGGCCCUUUUUACGCAGCAGACCAUGCUAAGAACGUUGGUAAGUGGCUAAGUGAGGGUACCUGUAAGGGUGCGAUAGCGACAAGGUCAACUGUAUGCGUAAGAACUAAAUUGUCUACAAAGAGUGGAAGUGAUCGUAAGAUCUGAGGCUAUUUACAGUUCCAAAGGCACGGGCCACAUCGCUUCCUCCACGUCUGUACCCUCACAUUUUGCUGCGCUUGCUUUGGCGUUGAGGUCUCCGAAUGUUAUUGUAAGGAUGUCGGUGAUAGCUUUCACAUGCGGGUGUAAGAUUGUACCAUCAUCGUUGAUACCGUGUGCGACCUGGUUAUAUGCUUUUGAGGAGAGUAGGCUAAUAACAUAGCCCAUUCGUUGUUGUUCCGAGGUCCACCAGUCGUUAUUCAUUCUGAGUUUCAACUGGAGCUUCCGAAGGAAUGAGGGGAGUUCCUUUGGGUCCUCUCCUGAGAAUUCGAGUGGGUCUGGGUGGAAUGGCGAUCGUAAAGUAGCUUGUAACCCUCCAUUAGGUGGUCGAGUACUGAGUGCGCUGAUUAUGGUAUCUUUUUCUUUUCUCUCAAGGGCGUGCGCUUCUAUAAGAUCGUGAUUCUGGCUCAGUAAUUCGCCGUAUCGGGCUUCGUAUUCCUGGGCUUUGUGGGAAGAGUCUGUAAGGGACUUCCAGAGUUCCUCAAUAGUUGUUUCCGAGUCGACAUGGGCUUCAGCGAGGGCAUUGAUCUCAUGGAAAAGUUGUUGUUGGUGUGAAUUCCAUGUCUCUUGGUAGUUUUCUUCACCUUUGAUAGCGUGGUCUAAAAGAGGGUAGGUUUGCGUAAGGCGAUUCAUUACUACUGGCGAUCUCGAUCUGAAUCUAGGAGCUUCUGAGUUUACUGGUGUGUUGAUAAACGAGGUACUGUUGGCGGAGGUCAUUGUAGCGGUGGUUGGUGUAAGGUUGUGGUGGGAAUCGUGAUCGACGUCGAGGACAAGUUAGAUCGCGAUUAUGUGUGCGGUAAUCAAUGUCACGGUACAAGUGCAAGUCGAGGACAAUUGCGACUUGGUUGAAUAGAUUGAUUACAGGGAGAGAAGAGAUUCUCAAGGAGAUCUGUCUUUUAAGUCGGUUGACACUGGUCUGUGCUGGUUUAUCCAUAAUUGUGAAUAGCUUCAUGAAUGAACGCAGGUCACCUGAUCUGA